AUGUCGCUUGCUCGCGCCUCGCGCCUGAUCACGUCACCACGCACCCGACUCCAGAUUGUUCCCAACGUCACCGCAUCCAGGGUGCAGCAACAACGAACACUUUCCAGCACUCCCGCACGCAAGGCUGGCGACUCACACGCACACGAAGACCACUAUGAUACCCCCAGUGGUUGGCUAUGGGGUGUGAAACCUGGCGAGAAGUACGAGAGCGAGGGGUGGGAAAAUAUCUGGUUUUACGGCUUCUUCGGCAGCUUGGCGUUCGGACUGGUGGGAUACUGCUAUAAGCCCGAUACGAGCAUACAAACAUGGGCCCUUGAGGAGGCGCGGAGACGACUGGAAGCAGAAGGCAUUCUUGAGGAUCCUCAGAAAUCGCGAUAG